GAUUGGGCGUAUUUAUACGCAUUUAUUUGGAGGAUUUUAGUUUUGAAGAAAAGACAUGAUUUUGAGAAGAAUUUUGAAGCUUGAAGUGGUAGAGAAUGAAGGCUGUGCGGACAAAGAUUAAUGGGCUGGAUCUUUGAUUAUUAUUAGCUGAUCAUAUUUAAAUUGUUUUGGGAUUGGGAAUAGUUCCAAAUUUGGACCUUUGCACCACUUUUCCCUAUUAGCUUUUACGUCAUUAGACUAGUUGCCUAGUUGCCUAAUUAGACUAGUUGCCUAGUUGCCUAAUUAGACUUGUUUUAGUUGCCUUAUUAGACUAAGGUUUUGAUUAUUAGAUAGUAUAUAUAAUGGAAUUCAGCACACUUUAAAAGGAAUACAAUAUAUCACAUAGCUUCUGCAACUUUGGAGAGCAGAAUUCUGGACGCAAGUUUUGGAGCAAUUCAAGUUUUAUUUCUUUUAUCUUUUUCUUGCAAUUUAUUUAUUUAUUUCUUUUGUUAUUUAAUUAUGUUUUCUAGCUAAAUUCGUUUAUUCCGGCAUUGAUUAGGGAAGCACUAGCGAAAUUAUUCUGUGAGAUCUAAUUGUUCUUAUACUUUAUUUUAUGCUUGCAUCUGCGAUUCUCCAUGUUUAAUGAUAUUAAUUGUUUUAAUCCAUUAGAUAGUUGCAAAUAUUUAUUGGGUUAGAAUUAAUUAUAUAGCCAAUUGAACCAGCCAUCCGUAAUUGUGGUUUAGGUUUGAUUAAUGGUAAAUUGACACAUCAGGGUCAAAGGAAAAGCAGUCUUAAUUCAAUAAUCCUGCGUCAGAGUUUAUUGGUUUUGAAUCGGGUUUCUCUAAAUAUUAAUGCUGUUGGCUCAUUAAACCUAUAGAGCGUCUCUUACGGUUGUCAGUCGAUUAGGGUAGUAAUUAGUGAAGCGUCUUCCUGAUUAUCGAAUAAUUAAGGAGAAAUAAGAUCACGUCAGAAGCGUCUUCGGUGGUUAUAACUGAUUUGUUUGCAUGAUUUAAAGUUAUUUUUGCAUCCAUGAUCGGAAUAAUUAAGCUAGGGUGGACUUAAUUGAUUGCUGGAAUUCUUUUAUUAAUUGUUGGAAUUUUUAUUCAUCUUUUAGCUAUUGGAAAAAUUGGUUUAUUUGGGUUUUAUUUAUUUAAUUUUAAGUUUAGUAUUUUCUAUAUUUUCUUCUCAAAAUUUCGUGGGUUACUUGCAGGCUUUAAUUAGAGAAAUUCUCGCCAAUCCCUUGGGAGACGAUUUUGCUUACUGCUGUCUACACAGUGUGGGCAUACCGGCUGACUGCCGGAUAUUUUUGGUGUAAAACGACGCACCAAAUUUUGGCGCCGUUGCCGGGGAUUGGUUUUAAGCAGGAUUUUGCUAAUUUCAGUCUGUCUUUUAUUUUUAGUUAUUUUAUUUAAUUUUUAGUUUAUGCCCCGUUCUUCUCGUACAGGCGUAUUAGUUUUUGAUCCAGAAAUCGAGAAGACCGCACGAAAGUUGAAGAAGCAAGCUAAGGAGUGGAAAAAGAGAUCCAAUUCUGCUCCACCGAGCCUUGAGGAUCAAGAAGAAAUUGAAGUUCCAAUGGGUGACCGUAACAAUAGGGAUGAGGAGAACGAUAGAGAGAUCGUUGAUCCUCGACAGGAACCACCUCAACUGAUCAGAGAGUUAGGCCGUCAUAGAAACAAUCGCCCUUUGUGCAUUGUCCUUCCUGCCAUUAAUGGCAACGCUGAAAUACGGCCUGGUUUCAUUCAAGUGCUACCCAAAUUCGGUGAUUUACCUGGAGAGAGUGCACACAAGCAUCUGGCUGAAUUUGAUCUAGUUUGCUCAACUCUACGCCCUCAUGGUUUUACUGAAAAUAAUUUGAGGCUAUUGACUUUUUCUCAUACUUUGCAGGGUAGAGCGAGAGAUUGGCUUUUUGAUCUUCCUCCUGGUUCGAUUAGAACUUGGGGAGAUUUAGAAGAACAAUUCUUGCGAAAAUUCUUUCCUGAGUCCAGAGCUGCAAAUUUGAGAAUGGCCAUUAGCAGCAUUAAACAGAAGAAGGCGGAGAGUCUAGCCGAUUAUUGGGAAAGAUUCCAACAGCUGUGUCGCAAGUGUCCUGAUCAUGGAUUUUCUGACUACCAAUUGCUUACUAACUAUUUUUAUCGUGGUAUGUCUUCUUUUGAUAGGAAAAUUGUUGACGCUGCUUGUGGUGGAAGCUUGACCAAUAAAACUUUGGACGAAGCAAAGCAACUCAUCGUUGACAUGGUUUCAAAUGGCCAACAAUAUGAGGAUGAGGAUGAUGAUCGUUAUAGGCCAGUGCAGAAAGUAGAAGAUUCCAACAUGAACGAGAGAAUUGAUGCUCUUACCUCUUUAGUUAGAGGACUUGCUGUCUCUAAAACUCAACACGUUCAAUGUGGAAUUUGCUUUGAAAAUAAUCAUCAUACUGAUGCAUGUCCAUCUCUGCAGGAUAAUAAUACUGAGCAAGCGUGCAUGGGAUCCGCUGAUGAGCAAGAGAUGAACGCACAAAGGCAAAGGCGAAACGACCCUUUUUCCAACACCUACAAUCCAGGGUGGAGAAAUCACCCAAAUUUUAGGUGGAGACAGCAGGAACCAGGGAUGUACGCGCCGAAUCCGCCGCAGGCUGGACAGUAUGCCUAUACCGCACGUCCUGCACCGAGUUUUGCACCCAAUAUGAGCGAUAUCAUGAAGAGCCUCGCCCAGAGCAGUGAAAUUGUGAAGAAUUUGGUGCAAAGUCAGCAGGCAUUCCAGCAUGAAACUCAGGCAGCGUUGAGUAAUAUGGGCACACAGAUCACGCAGUUAGCCACUCAGGUGAACAAGUUGCAGGCAAAUCAAGGCCGACUUCCUUCUGUCACGGAGAUGAAUCCCAAGGAAAAUGCAAGUGCUGUAACUACAAGAAGUGGGAGAAUUCUAGUUGAGCCACAGCCUAAGCAGCAGGACAAAGAAGAAAAGCCCGAUGAAGCCAAGGACGAUGCAAUUAGUGAGGAGUCACCAGAAUCCACCGAGCCUAGCUCUUCUAAGGUAAGUGGAAAACCUAAAGUUUCAAUUCCUCAAUCACUGAUUGCACCACCUUUUCCUUCUAGGUUGGCUCAGAACAAGAGAAUUGAAGAAGAGAAGGAUAUUCUAGAAAUCUUCAAGAAGGUAGAAAUAAACUUGCCCUUGCUUGAUGCAAUUAAGCAAGUUCCCAGGUACGCAAAGUUUUUAAAAGAGUUAUGCUCUAAGAAAAUGAAGUUUGGGAAUGAUGCGAGAAUUCGAGUGAGUGAAAAUGUUUCUGCUGUUCUUCAAAGAAAAUUGCCCCAAAAGUGUCGAGAUCCUGGUAUGUUCACCAUUCCAUGCAUUAUAGGUAAUAAGACUGUUGAGAGAGCCAUGCUAGAUUUAGGAGCAUCCAUAAAUGUCAUGCCUUAUUCUGUGUAUAAGGAUUUGCAAUUAGGACCUUUGAAAGACACUCGUGUUAUCAUUCAGUUAGCUGAUAGGUCUGCUGCAUAUCCCGAAGGUGUUGUUGAGGAUGUCCUUGUCAAGGUCAAUGAUUUAAUUUUUCCUGUGGAUUUUUAUAUUGUUGAUAUGGAUGAUUCUGCCUCUGCUAAACAAUCAUUGAUUCUUUUAGGGAGACCAUUCAUGAAAACUGCUAAGGCAAAAAUUGAUGUGGAUAGUGGAAUGCUUAGCCUUGAAUUUGAUGGAGAUAUUGUCACAUUUAAUAUUUUUGAGGCUAUGAAGCAUGUUGAGGAUCCUGAAUCUGUGUUCAUGAUUGAUGUUAUUGACCCUUUGGUUGAGGAAUUUGUUGAGAAUUUCAGGGAGGAUGAGCUGGAGCAGGUUAUUUUCAGUUCCCUAACUGAAGAGAACACCAAAACUGAGGAGAAUGAAGCCAUUAGAGAGAUCAUCAUGCAGCUGUACUCAACGGAGGAAAUUCCAAUUCGGCACCUGUCGAGCAGGAUGCCCAUACCGACCAACACAGAACCGAUUUUGCCCUCUGUUGUGAAGCCACCGAAGCUGGACUUGAAGGUACUGCCCCAGCAUCUGAAAUAUGUGUUUUUAGGAGAGGAUAACACGCUGCCAGUGAUCAUCAGCAAUGAACUCAGUGCAGAACAAGAGGUAAGGUUGGUAAGUCUUCUUAAGAUGCAUAAAUCUGCCAUUGGAUGGACUAUAGCCGAUAUCAAAGGUAUUAGUCCCUCUACUUGCAUGCAUAGAAUCUUACUUGAACCUAAUAGUAAGCCAUUUAGGGAUCCUCAAAGAAAACUGAACCCUGUCAUGAAAGAAGUUGUGCUUAAAGAAAUUCUUAAAUUGCUUGAUUUAGGGAUUAUUUAUCCGAUUUCUGAUAGUGCAUGGGUUAGUCCUGUUCAUGUGGUUCCUAAGAAGUCUGGUUUUCAAUUGGUCAAGAAUGAGAAUAAUGAGUUGAUUCCCAUGAGGUUGCAAACUGGUUGGCGUAUGUGCAUUGAUUUUAGGAAGUUGAAUGAUGCCACUAGGAAGGAUCAUUUUCCAUUACCUUUCAUUGAUGAGAUGCUUGAGCGAUUGGCUGGUAAGGAAUUCUUUUGUUUUCUUGAUGGCUACUCUGGAUAUUUUCAAAUUUUUGUAGCUCAGGAAGAUCAAGAGAAAACCACUUUUACUUGCCCUUUUGGCACUUUUGCAUGGCGUCGUAUGCCGUUUGGAUUAUGUAAUGCUCCUGGUACUUUUCAGCGUUGUAUGAUGAGCCUAUUUUCUGACAUGAUUGAGAGUUGCAUAGAAAUUUUCAUGGAUGAUUUUACUGUGCAUGGAGACUCUUUUGACCAUUGUUUGACUAAUCUUGAACAAGUUUUGCAGAGAUGUGUCGACACUAAUUUGGUGUUGAACUUUGAGAAAUGUCAUUUCAUGGUGAGAGAAGGGAUUGUUCUUGGGCAUGUGAUUUCUGCAAGAGGAGUAGAAGUUGAUAAGGCGAAAAUUGAUUUGAUUGUUAAGUUACCUUAUCCUUCUAAUGUGAAAGAGAUUCGUGCUUUCUUAGGCCAUGCAGGUUUUUAUAGGCGCUUCAUCAAAGACUUCGCAAAGACUGCUCAACCUCUCACUAGGUUGCUUCAUCAAGAUGUGUCUUUUGUGUUCGAUGACAAGUGCAAGGAGGCCUUUGAUUUGUUGAAGAGUAGACUCACUUCUGCCCCCAUCAUUCAGCCACCAAUUUGGGGAGAGCCUUUUGAAAUCAUGUGCGAUGCAAGUGACUUUGCCGUUGGAGCAGUGCUAGGGCAGAAAGUUGGGAAAGAGAGCCAUGUGAUUUACUAUGCUUCCAAAACUCUCAACCCGGCUCAAUGCAAUUACACAACUACGGAGAAGGAGCUUUUAGCCAUCGUUUUUGCUUGUGAAAAAUUUAGAUCUUAUUUAAUUGGCUCUAAAGUUGUUGUUUAUUCUGACCAUGCAGCUCUUAAGUAUUUGCUCUCUAAAAAAGAAUCUAAGCCUCGCUUGAUCCGUUGGAUUCUGCUUUUGCAGGAAUUUGACUUGGAGAUUAAAGAUAAAAAGGGAGCCGAGAACUUGGUAGCUGACCAUUUGAGCAGACUGCAGACUGUGUCGGACGGUAUGCCCAUACCAGACGACUUUCCAGACGAACAACUGCUGCAGAUUGACGGUAACGCUCCUUGGUAUGCUGAUUUGGUUAAUUUUCUAACUGCUGGAGUUUUUCCUAAGGGAAUGGAGACAGCCCGUAAGAAUAAGUUGAGGAACCAAGCAAAAUACUUCAUAUGGGAUGAUCCUUAUUUGUGGAAGACCUGUGCGGAUCAAGUGAUACGACGUUGCAUCCCUGAUGAGGAGAUUCAUUCCAUUUUGAAUUUUUGCCAUGCUCAUGCUUGUGGAGGUCACUUUGGUCCCAAACGAACAGCACGUAAGAUUCUUGAUUGUGGUUUUUAUUGGGAAACUAUUUUUAAGGAUUCUUACAAUUUCUGCAAAAAUUGUGACAAGUGCCAAAGAACAGGUAAUAUCUCUUCUCGCAAUGAAAUGCCUCAAGUCCCUAUUUUGGUUUGUGAAAUCUUUGACGUUUGGGGGAUGGAUUUUAUGGGGCCGUUUCCUAGUUCUUUUGGGAAUUCUUACAUUCUUUUGGCUGUUGAUUAUGUUUCGAAGUGGGUGGAAGUGAAGGCCACCCGCACUAAUGACUCUAAAGUUGUUGCAGGGUUCCUUAAAGCUAAUAUUUUUAACAGAUUUGGAGUGCCCCGUGCCAUCAUCAGCGAUCAAGGAACUCAUUUUUGCAACCGCACUUUGGAAGCACUUUUCAAGAAAUAUGGAGUCCACCAUCGAGUUGCCACGGCAUAUCAUCCACAAUCCAACGGUCAGGCUGAAGUUUCUAACCGAGAAAUCAAGAGCAUCCUUGAGAAAACAGUCAACCCGAGACGAAAGGAUUGGAGUUUGAGACUGGACGAUGCGGUAUGGGCAUACCGCACUGCAUUCAAGUCACCGAUUGGUAUGUCUCCGUACAGGCUGAUUUUUGGGAAGCAAUGUCAUCUACCUGUUGAGAUGGAGCAUAAAGCUUUUUGGGCCGUGAAGGAAUUCUGUUUAGAUGAGAACGUUGUUGGCAGAGAGCGGAAAUUUCAACUGCAAGAAUUAGAGGAGAUUCGAUUGGAGGCGUAUGAUCAUGCAAGUAGUUACAAGGAACGAACCAAAUUUCUACAUGACAAAUACAUUCGAAGGAAAUCCUUUGAAGUUGGGCAGAAGGUUCUCUUGUUUAACGCACGCUUAAGGAUUAUGCCAGGAAAAUUGAAAUCUCGUUGGUUGGGCCCGUUUGAAGUUGUUAGUGUGAGUCCUCAUGGAGCUGUGGAAAUCCAAAGCCUCGAAACACGAAAGUGUUUUAAGGUUAAUGGACAAUUACUCAAGCCAUACUAUGCUGGAGUCGAGAUGGAGUCGUUCAAUGCGCUCAGCCUGACGUCUCCAACCAUUGUCUAAGGAUUUUGAACUUCUUUUCUGUCCAGCCAAGGACGUUAAAUAAAGGCGCUCAUCGGGAGGCAACCCGAUUUUUCUUGCCCUUGUUUUGUUUAUUUUCGUUUUUUCUCUCUUAAAAAAAAAAAAAAAAAAAUUAUUAUUAAAAAAAAAAAUUAUUAAAAAAAAAUAAAAAAAAAAAGAGCUUUGGGUGUGUUUUGAUCAUUUUCGCAGGUUUGGGGGCAUUCUGACAAAAAAAAUUAUGUGAAGCUGGGGGCCGCAUUGAAGUUACUUAAGAGUUGGGGGACCAAUGUGCAAAAUCUGGAACUAGGGUUUUAUUUUGACCUUAGUCAAAAUUCCUCCCCAACCCUCCCCACGUUUCCCCCUCCAAUUCCGCCGCUGCGCCCCCAUUUCCGUCGCUGGGAUCCCAUUUGCGCACAGAACCGCCACCAGAACAUCAUCGUGCAACUCCUUUCUCCUUCAACUCCGGUGACCCAUUCCUCAUCGCCGGAAGCUUCAACCCCCUCAUCCACCUACAUGAUGCCAAUUCAGGGAAGUUUCUUUCUUUUUGCUUUUCGUUUUUGACGUUUCUAUUUCUUUUAGUUGUCUGCUGUUGUUUCUGUUUUGGUCUGUCAUACUCUCACACAAUGAGGACAUUGAGUUGUCUAAGUGUGGGGGGGGUGUCUUUGUUUUGUGUGUCUUUGCUUUGUUGCUAUGUUGGUUUUCUUGUCAGUUUCGAGUUCUUUGGCAAUGUUAUGAUAAUGAUGUGAAGAGUUGAGAUUAUGAUAUUGGAUUUGGUAUGAUAGGCUGUUGCUCUUGUGAUGGAAUUGUGCAUAUGUUCGUAGGUGUUCUUGUAUGAGAAAAACGUGCAAAAUUUGAUCAAAAUUACUUGAAGCCUACUAAAUUGUGAGGAUUGAGCCUUAAUGAGCACACAUGACUAGCUCCAAUUGUUUCUUUGAUGAGUGAUUGAUUCGAACUUCUAUGCUGAAUUUCUGGUUUGCCCUGUUGCCAUAGUCAAGACUGAGUUUGAGAAUUUAAUGCAUGAAAAUGAUUAAGGCAUUUAGGAAUAACCAUUAUUUUGGCCUGAACAUAUGAUCUGAACCUUCACUAUUCCCUUAGUGAGCCGUUUGUGCCUCAAUUGCUCCUCUUUUGUUUGAUUAAAACCUCACAUAUAUUGAGCCUAAGCCUAUUUCAGCCUGCUUUUGUCCUUUGAAAACAUGUGAAUGCACUAGGUUAUGACGAGAUGAGUACUCCUAUCAUGUUAAUGUGUUGUUGAUGAUUCAUUGAUUUAUUGAGAAUAUAUGUUGUUGAAAAAAAAAAAAAAAAAAAAAGAGAAAGAAAAAAGAAAGAAAAAGUUCAAAGAAAAAGAAGGGUUUAUUGUGUAUACAUUCAUUCAUGUUUAUGUCCUAUAUGUAUAUGUUAGAGUUGAUGCAUACUUUUUGAGGAUUGUGGAUAUGUUAAGGAGCUACUCUAGAGUUUUAUUGAUGGAAGAUCUGGUGUGUUGCAUGUUUUCAGUCAUAUAUUGACCAUAUUUGAUUCCCUUUUUCUUGUUUAUCCCACCUAUACGCACCCAAGCCCCAUUACAACCAAAAUGCAAGACCUUUUGAUUUGUGCAUUGGUUCCAUAUUUUGGUGGAGAUAGUGACAUAAGGGCAAGCUGUGUUUGAAGGCAUAAAGUUGUGAAUUGUGUGAAUCUAUUCUGUCCAUAUUUGUCUAUUGAGAGAAAUUAAGUGAACUUGGUGAGGCAGGAUUGAAUUUGCACAAUUUUGACUUGAAUGAAGAACAUGGCAUAAUUUUCUGAGCAAGAGCAUGGUUAGUGGUUUGUGGAUGAUUGUAUCUUGAUCAAGAUUUUGAGUAUUAUCUAUCAUAUUGUUGCCAAAGCUUUGUUUUUGCUGUUUUGAGUCUUCUGUUUUGUUCCUUCCCUGUUAUUUUGUUCUUUUUGGUGCUCGAGGGCGAGCUUUGUUUAAGUGUGGGGGGAUUUGAUUGGGCGUAUUUAUACGCAUUUAUUUGGAGGAUUUUAGUAUGUUUUCAAUGCUUAAUUCGUGUUAAAUAUCAUCUUUUGGAUAUGGAUUAUGGUCUUAUGUGAAUUUUGAUGGUAUUUAAUAGGUUUUGAAGAAAAGACAUGAUUUUGAGAAGAAUUUUGAAGCUUGAAGUGGUAGAGAAUGAAGGCUGUGCGGACAAAGAUUAAUGGGCUGGAUCUUUGAUUAUUAUUAGCUGAUCAUAUUUAAAUUGUUUUGGGAUUGGGAAUAGUUCCAAAUUUGGACCUUUGCACCACUUUUCCCUAUUAGCUUUUACGUCAUUAGACUAGUUGCCUAGUUGCCUAAUUAGACUAGUUGCCUAGUUGCCUAAUUAGACUUGUUUUAGUUGCCUUAUUAGACUAAGGUUUUGAUUAUUAGAUAGUAUAUAUAAUGGAAUUCAGCACACUUUAAAAGGAAUACAAUAUAUCACAUAGCUUCUGCAACUUUGGAGAGCAGAAUUCUGGACGCAAGUUUUGGAGCAAUUCAAGUUUUAUUUCUUUUA